CCAAUGUAGUUUCUACAAUGGUGAUGUUGUAGCCAAGUUCCUGGAUGCUGGCAGCAUUAUUGGUUGUCAUGUUAACGAUCCUGUAUUUGUCACUUAUUCCCGCCUUGUCUUGUAGUGCUUCAUAAGGAACGCAGCGGGAAUGGCUGGGGAGAUGUUGUUGCAGAACGAUCUGGAAGAGGUGUCAGCGGCUUGGAACACACUGAGCUGUGGCUUGGUCCCGGCGUGCGCUCUAGGCCUGGAUGCCUCCAGAUCUACUUUGGUUGAAUCCAUCAAAGAAGCUGAUCUUAAAGAUGCUGUGGAGGUUUUGUACAACUAUGAUCUUCAUUAUGUGGUGGAGGAAUGGUUCACAGAAGUACUUCAGACCGACUUACAAAGAAACAUUGCACCUGAAUUCUGGAACGGCAUCAACCAGCACGAGAAUGCAGUCGAAGAACAGCAAUGCAUUGUGCUCUUAUUGGAUACUUUUUCUUUGCUUAUGUCCAGGAUGGAACCCUAUCUGAAGAGUCUGGACAUCCUGGGUAGGUGGGCAGAUACGGGUUUGCUGCCCAGCUCAGACUCCCAGCUGCUCCGUGAUCAGGUCUUUACCAUGUUUAAGGCCAUUCUUUUCUUCUCGACCUCUAAAAACUUUCCAGAAAUGAUUCAACAGUUCUACAGCAGGUCAUUUAAGAUUUACAUGAGGCAGAAGAAAAGAGCAGACGAUAGCAUCAGCGAUUGUGACAACAUGAUGAAUGAAAAUGAGAGAGAGAGUGACUCUGAGGACAGGGGAGAGGACCUAAACUGCAAAGGAUGUGAUAACAGUAAGGACCAGUGCUGGUGCCAAUGUGCCAUGGAACAAUUUCACCAGCUCAAUGACAUAUUUCACAGGCUCAAUCUGAUGGAAAGAGUUUGUUCUGAAGCAGUCACCACAAUCCUACACAAGAUGAUCGAGGAGAGAAUGGAAAAGAGAUGCCGUGGGGAGUAUGAGCGGUCGUUCCUCAAUGAAUUCCAGGAGUGGAUAGAGAAGUUGAUUGGUUGGCUUAGCAAAGUGUUCCUGCAUGAUGGUGCCCAUCCUGCCUCUACCCCGGAGCCCAACAGCACACUGAAACGCUGGCGAUGUCACGUUCAACGCUUCUUCUACCACCUCUACGCCAACAUGCGCAUUGACGAGCUCUUCAGUAUUAUAAGAGAUUUUCCUGAAUCCAAGCCAGCGAUUGAAGAUUUAAAGUAUUGUUUGGAAAGGACCAACCUGAGGCAGCAGCUGCUCACGUCGCUAAAAGCUGCGUUGGAAACGAGGCUGCUGCACCCUGGAGUAAAUACCUCUGACAUUAUCACGCUGUAUAUAUCUGCCAUUAAAGCCUUGCGAGAACUGGAUCCGUCCAUGGUUAUUCUAGAAGUCGCCUGUGAGCCGAUUAGAAAAUACUUAAGGACAAGAGAUGAUACAGUCCGUCAGAUUGUUGCAGGUUUAACUGGUGACUCAGAAAGCUCUAAUGACCUGGCCAAUGAGCUUUCUAAAGCAGACCCUGUGGUUCUGGAGAAUGGGCAGGAGAGUGAUGAUGAUGUGUCCGAGCCUGAGGACUGGGUGCCGGACCCCGUGGAUGCUGACCCAGGUAAAAGCAGUUCAAAGCGCAGGUCGUCGGACAUCAUCAGCCUCUUGGUCAGUAUAUACGGUAGCAAGGAGCUGUUUAUUAAUGAAUACAGAACCCUGCUCGCCGACCGACUUCUCCAUCAGUUCAGCUACAGCUCCGAAAGAGAAAUCCGUAAUGUGGAGCUGUUGAAGUUGCGUUUUGGAGAAGCCCAGAUGCAUUAUUGUGAGGUCAUGCUGAAGGAUAUGGCAGAUUCUAGAAGGAUUAACACCAACAUUCACGAUGAGGACGAGAAGCUACCUGAGGAGGAAAGGCCUGAAUUUAAACUGAAUUCCGUGAUUCUUUCCAGCGAAUUUUGGCCGGCACUGAAAGAAGAAAAACUGGAGCUGCCUGAUCAGAUAAAAGCAGCUAUGGAUGUAUACACCAAAAAAUAUGAGAAGCUGAAGGCCAUGCGAACACUCAACUGGAAACAUCAUCUUGGAUUGGUGGACCUUGAUGUAGAACUGGCUGACCGCACGCUGUCUUUCUCAGUGUCACCUGUGCAUGCCGCAAUUAUCCUAAACUUUCAAAACAAGAGCACAUGGACUCUUGAAGAGCUGAGUGAAGUCCUGAAGGUGCCAGUUACCUCUCUUCGAAGGAAAAUGACCUUAUGGCUCCAGCAAGGGGUUUUACGCGAGGACCCUCCCGAGACAUUUCAUGUGAUUGAGGAAGAGCAGAAAGACCGGCCUGAAAAGGUGGUGUUAAUAGAUAGUGACGAAGAAGGCGAUUCUGCCAUGGCUUCGCAGGCCGACCAGAAGGAAGAAGAGUUACAGCUGUUUUGGACGUACAUUCAGGCGAUGUUGACAAAUCUUGAGAGUUUGCCUCUGGAGAGGAUUCACAGUAUGCUGAAAAUGUUUGUAAUGACUGGCCCUGUUGUGACAGAGAUUGAUAUGCAAGAACUUCAAAGUUUCCUUCAGAAGAAAGUCAGUGAUCAACAACUGGUCUACUCCGGAGGAGUGUACAGACUUCCUAAGAACUCCAGCUAAAUUUCUGGAACUAUAUACCAAGUGCCGGAAUCUUUAGCUUCCAGUAUCCACAUUUUAUUUCCAAGGAUGUCCGUCAAUCCAUAGUCUAGCAGAAUAAUGAUUCAAGUCUGUAUUUCGCUGAUGCAUAAAUUGCAUUGUUGGAACUCAUUACACAGAAGAGUCUAAAGGCUUCGCAUUGACAAGACAGGACUUAUGCAGGUCCAGUAGAAACAUCUCGUUUCUAGUUAUUUGUUAGCUGUGUUUCUACGAUUAUACAUUUUCUUAAAGGAUAAGAUAUUUGAAAUCCAGAAAGAAAAACGUACUUUGAAGAGUUUGUAAUAUUGUGUGUCUGCACCAAUAGACCAAAAUACCACCCUGCUGAUCGCCAAUAAUAUCUGCAGGUAACCAUGUUUAGUGCGUUCUAAUAAAGUAAGUUUCUGAAGUUGA